GGUCAAGAGGAUCACUGUGAGUUUUGGUCUAAAACAUUUACUACUGAGAUGACAUAAAUUAGUCAUUUGUCUAUUCAUCAUGGUAGUUCAUGAAUCAUAGCCCACAUUCAUCAAAAUGCUAAAAAUAAACUCUGGAUUUAAGUGAAAGAUAAAAGCAAAAAUCCCUUACUUUUACUCAAACAACACUAACAACAAGAAUAAAUCUGGGAUUGAAUGUAUUUACAAUCACUGUCCAAGGAUCUCAAUCGUCUGCACUUGUCAGCAUGGUACUAAAUUCUACCUAUUAUAUGAUUUCUCUAAGGUACCCCGUCUACCAACAGCAGAAUAUCUUGCAGCAGAAACUUCCAUUUCAUUUAGUUUCCUAUUAUUUCAUCCCUAUAUAUUCAUACAUUUUAAAUAAACUGUUUUGUUGUUAAUUUACCAUGUGAAAAUUCCCAGAGCUCCAAAGAUUUCAUACAAGUAAAAUGAAAAUGAAAUGAUAUACUGUAUGUUCUUGAAUAACAAAAUAAGAAUAACAAACCACUGAGUGAACUGUGAGGAUAAUAAUGUACAAUAUGGCAGAUGGAGGAUAAGUCUGUACCUCUGUACGGACUGAAUAUGGCCUUGCUGUCAUACUGUCAUUUUUUUGUAUCCACUAGAUGGAGCUAAUUUCACAGAUUUCAACUCUUCGUGUCUCCCUGAGCAUUUUCAAUGUCCAGCUUCCAUAAGUUAAGCAUCAUGUUGGAGUUCAGCAAAAAAAAUCCUUACUUCAGAUCUGAAUCUAAUAUAGGCAGGAUUUGAUAUGACUGAUUCUCUUUACAGGCAAAUAAUACCUUCACUUAUAAAACUAGGACAACACCGGCACAUGCUGUGGCCUCCUGCAUGUUAAGUAGCUUUACUCUGUCCCUGUCCAGGUGUGAUAUGACACCGCCAUCACUCAUCUCAUCUAAAAGAGCAGCACGCUUCCUGAUGCUGCCAAACGCCCGAUCAGGGAGCGUUCUGCUAUUGAGUGAUGCUUGUUACAUCUCCUAUUGUGUUGGAGCUCUGUUCCCUCCUUCUAUAUGAAGAUGGAUGGCCCACAUUGCCUGUGCCUUGGCAUGAUGGAGAGGCAUAAAAAGGAGGAAAAUGUGCAGUGUGCACUGUAAGCAUAUCUGUGGUCCCGAAGUCCCAGGACUCAGCCAUUCUCCUCUCGACCUUGGCUGCCUCUAUUAACAUGGGACGUAGGUGACCUGGCAGUCCUUAUAAUGGAUGGAUGUCUUUUACAGUUAGUAGUUAAUGGCUAUGAAAGUUAAUGUAUGAUGAAAGACUGGAAAACAGAAAUUUUCCCAAAAGGCAGUGAAUUCUAAUGUGGCGACCACAUACUCUGGUUUUAAAGCCCUGAAUAUUCACUGCAUAUGAACAACAGCUGACACACAUAAUAUGAAGGCACUUUACUACUUUUUUUGGUAUGCUAUUUUUUGAAGACUCCUUGCGGAAAGAGCCAAGCCAAAGCCAGCUGGUCAGCCAGCAAAAUAGCGAGGGACUCCUCCUCCUGCUCCUUCAGCUGGGCAGUUUCUCUCCAGAGAGACCCGAUUGAUCCCUUCCUCAGUCUUGAACUUGGUGACAGGCUCGAGCUUGGUUGAGGUCAGCAGUCUUUUUUUUUGCAGGCCCUCCGACUCCUGACAGAGGACAUCUUGCUCAUUCCUUAGGCCUUGAAUCAGUUCCCGAUUCUCUCUUUCUCUUUCAGCCUGUGACUUGUUCUCCCUCUCUCUCUCUCUCUCUCUCAAAUUGCUGCUGACGGGUGUCUUUUUGUCACUGCAACUGCUCACUCAGCUCCAGUCUCCAGGUCUGCUCCUUCUGGAGCUCAGUGGUGAGAUGAUCUACUUGUUUUGACAGAGUCAUUCUCGUUAGUCUUUAUCUGGUAGAGAACUCACCUUUAGCCUUUAGCUAACCUUUAGCUGCUUGACCCACUUGUUGGAAAAGUUGUUUUUCACCUGGUUUUGCAUGUUUUUGUGGUUGUUUUGUACCACUUUGUGGUUGUUUGAAUGACUUACCAACAAGAAAUGUUAAAAGUUACUUCACUAAGAGGCUCUAUUCCAGGGUCCCUGGGUGGGAGACCUGUCCAUCUAUGAUGCUAAGUGUGUAUCUUUGCUCACAGGCUCCCACAAUGGAAAAAAAAAAAAUAAAGAAAACACUUUCACCAUUUAAACAUAGUAAAGGGAACAUUAUGUUGAUGCACAGGUAAAAAGAAAUAACACAAAGCACAACAAGGUCAGUAAAGACCAGCAACAAAACACCAGAGAGACAUUAGUGUCCAUUAUUCUCCCUGUAUCAUUAGUAUUUCCAUAUAACUUUAAAGGCUAUUAUGAGGCAGCAGGCUCAGAUCGUCUAUAAAGAGACUGUCGACAGUCCCUCACCUGGGGGUCCAAUGUUGAAACAGCAUUGUCGACAAUCUGCCUGGCAGAGAUACCUCUAAGCGACGUAGCAAACCAAUAUCAGCUCUGGGGGGCGCUGUUCUAAAGCUAACCGUGACCUCUGACUGAGAACAGUAUUACUUGCAGACAUUAUUAAAGUAUUAUAAGUACUAAAAGGCGGUUUUAUAGUGAUGAUUUAUAUGAAAGGAUCAGCAUUUGGGCAUUUUUAAUUCUAGAUACAAGUGAAGACAGUGUGGUAACGGGCAAAUAAUGUGCUUAAUCAUUACGGAUAGUGAUGACAAUCGCCUGUUAUUUUGGGGCUAUAAUUUUGACAGCGAGAGCGCUUUACAUAGUCUGUGGUGUUUACCUGACUUUAAAGUGAACUUGCAGUUUAAUUAUAACAGGCACAACAGUCUCUCUGUAAUAUUGCGGAAAUAUAAUAACGCAGCAAAGAUUUUUAGGGCAUAAUCUUUGUGGUGUCUCUGUCAAAAUGCAUUAGAGAGAAACAACCUUUAUUUAUUUAUUUUUAGGGUGAGUGAAUUGUAACGACAGGGAGCCCCCAGCCUCACAGCUACAGCGGAUCAGCCUGACAGCCUAUGAAACGUGCCUCUCCAGACGCACGGUGGUAUCCAGCCCAUUACACAGGCGGAGAUGUGGAGGUCAGUCGCUCAUCAGAGCAACGCGCCGAUUUGUCUCCACACUAAACCCCUUCUUUCCUCUGUUCCCAUCGUACUCUUCUCCUCCAGAGGCAAUUACUGCUUUGGCGUCGGACUCCGUCGGCACAUUCCGCCCAGUCACGUCUCGCUGUGUGGUUUCCAUUUUCUUUUUUUUUUCUUCUUCUUUUUUUCGGGUGGCAGGUGUCCCGCUGCGUCGUCGUCCGAACAUCGGACAAGUGAUGCUCUGAGCUGCACUGUUGCUCCGCUGUCCCUUCGCGUCUCUGCAGCAAACCGGGCUGGAGAUGGUCCCAUGCUCAACUAACCGGCUUCGUACAGAGGUUAGACUCUCAGUCAACAGAGGGCCACAGCCACAAACACAUCACCCACCCUCCUCCUGGCUGCAUUCAUCUAAACAGGCAGUGAGGACAGACAGGGGCUGAGCACGUGAGACUGUGUGUAUGUUUACGUGUGUGUGUGUGCGUGCGCGUGUGUGUUUGUGUGUGUAAGUGUGAGGGGCUACUGUUGACCAGGCUAUGAGCACGUCUCAGAGGGAGAGCCGUUCGAUGCUGAGUUGAGCAAAAGGGGGGAGCAGAAGAGGAGAAACUGUAAAGAGGAGCAGCCAUGGGGCUCGGACAGUCCAGCAAGGCUCCAGUCACCGAUGACACAGAUGAGGUCAAUUUCGACCACUUCCAGAUCUUGAGGGCAAUAGGAAAGGGAAGCUUUGGGAAGGUCUGUAUUGUGCAGAAGAAGGACACUAAGAAGAUGUACGCCAUGAAGUACAUGAACAAGCUAAAAUGUGUGGAGCGGAAUGAAGUGAGGAACGUACUGAAGGAGCUGCAGAUCAUGCAGAACCUGGAGCAUCCAUUCCUGGUCAACUUCUGGUAUUCCUUCCAGGAUGAGGAGGACAUGUUUAUGGUGGUGGACUUGCUCCUAGGAGGAGACCUGCGCUACCACCUCCAGCAGAAUGUCCACUUUUCAGAGAGCACCGUCAAACUCUACGUCUGUGAACUGGCCCUAGCUUUGGGAUACCUCCGCACCAAGCGCAUCAUACACAGAGACAUCAAACCUGACAACAUACUACUGGAUGAACAUGGCCACGUCCAUCUAACAGAUUUCAACAUUGCAGCCAUUGUAAAAGACGACCUAAAAGCAACGUCCAUAGCUGGGACCAAGCCGUACAUGGCUCCUGAGCUUUUCCAGACCUUUGAGGGGUCCCACCCUGGUUACUCCUUUUCUGUUGACUGGUGGUCACUGGGCAUCACAGCCUACGAGCUACUAAGAGGACAGAGACCAUAUGUGAUGAGAUCCAGCACACCAGCUAAUGAGAUCCUUCAGACCUUCCACAAGGUCCACCCCAGCUACCCAGCAGGCUGGUCUUUGGAGAUGAAGUCUCUUCUCAGAAAGUUGCUGUGCAUAGAUGUCCAGAAGCGCAUUUCCUGUCUAGCAGAGCUGCAGGAUCUGGACUACAUGUCAGACGUCAACUGGGACGCUGUUCUCAGCAAACAGCUUCCUCCAGGCUUUAUUCCCAAUAGGCGGAGGCUAAACUGUGACCCUACGUUUGAGCUGGAGGAAAUGAUCCUAGAGUCCAAACCCCUUCACAAGAAGAAGAAAAGGCUCGCUAGAAAGACCAGGGACCAGGGAUCUGAUGGGUCCCCACAGAAUGGUCAGCUGCAGCAGCGAUUGGAUAAUGUCCAGAGAGACUUCAUUGUUUUCAAUAGAGAAAAGUCAAGGAAAGCAGUGGCAGACGCAGAGACUUCUGAGCUGUCCAUGAGUGAGAAGAACAAGGCGAUAGAAGACGGACAGAAUAACAAUGUUGAGCCAGCUGCCUACUUAUCAGGAUAGCUUUCAUGACCCUACUUACUCCCUUAUCACUUGCAUCUGCCCACGGCUUGUAGAUCAGCAGUUUACACCCAGAUACCUAUUGUUCUAUCAACACAGGCACUUCUUCAGCGUUCCUGCACAACUGUUCCGUCUAUACAAGAACAAAUGCAGCACUGUAUGCACCUGCGCAUCACUGUUCACCCAAAAAAAAUAAAUACAAAAAUAAAUAAAUAAAAAACACAUUAUCAAGAGCUCCAGAACUGCAGGAGUGAAAUGGACUCCUGGAGCAACAGCCAUGCCAGAGACAGGCUAUUUUUUUCUUUUGCUUUCUUGUCACCAAGAAGAAUGACUCUCUGCAGAGUGUCACUCGUGUCAUGCUCCCUUACAUCACUCUGGUGCUCUAAGGUCUGCUCAACCUUAUACUCUGGGCAGCGUGCUGAAGUGAAAAACAGGUCACUUCCCUGCCAAUAAGGAGACAGUGCCACACCUGCUCAGCUGUUAUAGGAAAAUAAAGUCUAAUGUGGUCAGCUAUGGCUGAAAGCUGCUACUGUCUUGGGCAGGACACUCAGAUUUUUUAAUCUUAGGGCAACAUUUUCUGGCUGAUUACAGUUAUUUAAAUAUGACAAUGAUUCUCCAGUGCUACAUUGAAUGACAGAGCACUCGGAGUUGGGAUGGCAACAUAUGGUAUGUUGAAAAACAAACACUUGGAUGGAUGGCUUUGUUCCAUGUGAUCUACAUUACUUGAGAUUCGAGCAUGACAACACAUUCGAGUACAACACAUUAAAGUGGAGAGGUUAAUAAGGUAAAAUGAGGCCUUUGUUUUUACCACAGCAACCACAGAUUCCUCUAAGGUAGAAAUUAAAGAGCUGAACUGUAGGCUUGAACGCGAAUGGCUCACUUUAUCAUAGCAGCAGAUACAUGGGUGUAAUGGUCAUUAUGCUUAGCUUUGCUAGUCAAGCUAAUGAAGAUGGUAGGGAAUGCAACAUUUGGUACAAUGAACAGCUCCCUCACCUGCAGAUGUAGGCAAGACAUGCUCCAAGUUUUCCUCACUGCAGUAUGCUUUAAGAUUUGAAAUGCACUUAACUAAAAAUGGUUUUAAAAUUCAGCUUGAAGGUGUAUUCGUGACCUUGGAAGUUGGAGCUGCUUAGCGAAGGCUCCCAGAUGUGGUUGAAUGCUUCAACCACAUCAAGCAAGUGGACGUUCUGGAAGAAGUGUUUUUGUCAAACUGGUUUUAAAAUCCUUUAAAACACUGACAAUUUGGACUUAGCCUUUGCCUGAAUCUGCAGAUGAUCAGCUGAAGCUGAAGCUUCUAUGAAAACACAGAAGAGGUAGAUGGUAGAUAUUAUAUGUUCUGCACUGAACCUUGCUUUGCACAUGCUUCUUCAUCAGCUGUAGCAUUUAUGCACAGAGAGACAAAAAAAAUCUUAAGAUGUGAGUGAAUACUUAUUCCCUUAGGGACAAAUUUAUAGACAAGGAUUAAGCUGAGUCCUAGAUAAGAUUCAUUUUUACUAUCUACAUUGAAAUUUAUUUUUGUCAAAUAAUUUUUGAUGUCCUUCCUCUUUUGUGUUGGAUACAAUCAGUUACAUCUGUGCCACCAGAUAAGUCUGUAAAUUUGUUUUGCAAUUAAUUGCUGCCACAGAAGAGGAAUACAUUUGCAGUCUGCUUCUGCAACAGCAGUCGUGUACAGAUGGUGUUCAGCAGUAAUCUGAAAUUCAGCACCAGCUGGAUAACACAGUGAAGGGAAAAAAAUCUCAAUAUUGAUUUUCACAAUUUUUUCACAUUCAGAGUUGCUAACAAGAAAAAAACAAACAAAUCAAAUAGACACCAAGCAAGGCAAUAUCCCUCAUUCAUACUGGAAGAUUUACUGUAGACAAAACACACCUGCCUCUGAAGUUUGCAGAGGGAUGCCUUACACUGUAGAUAUGGCACACAGCUGGUUCCCUUCAACUGUACAUGAAAGUAGUAAAAACCUGAGCUUUUUCACAAUCAGCAAGUAAAUGUGAUUUCUACAAAUGCCUAGUCAUUCUGGUGACCUUGAUCUCAUCUAUCUGUAAUAUGACGCAAUCCUCUCCAAGUCUAUAACACUUGCAAUUAUAUUGAAAACAUAUUCAAUUCAAAACUGUUGGCACUUUUCUAUUGAAAUUGGUACAAUGUUUUGACUUACCUUUGUGUUGUUGUUGUUGUUGUUGUUGUCACUGAUGUAAUUUUACAUAUCCAAAGGUGGUUUCCUGUAUAAGAUGUAAGAUAUAGUGGGAUAGUUUAACAGAUGGACUAAUCAUAGGUAAACCCAGAGUGAAUAAUAUUUGUGAAUGAUUAUCUUAAUUUGUUCAUAUAUAAUAGGAGCACCUCAUGAGAUGGGUUUAUUGCAUCAAGUAAAUGACUGGUUAUCAUCCAGUGAGGCAGACUUAGCCCUUCCAAAAGCGAAGGUUUGGAAUAAUCAUUGACAAAUAGUAUUUGACCCAGGUAAUACAGAUGUUUGAAAAAGGCAUUGUAUCUGAAAAAAAUAAUUUAGUCUGAGAACAGAAUUUCAUCCCUAUUAAGGUUUUGUUGUCCUUCAGUUGUCAUUGUGUGUUUAUUGUAUUCAAACGUGAUGGAGUUGCAAACUAUUAAGGUGUGCCUUAAAUAAUGACUUUCUUUUUCUGAACCAA